AUGGUUAAAACUAGAAGCACAAUCAAAACCAGAACCAAGGAUGUGCAGCCAUUAGCUGCACCACUCUCUUUGCUAACCAAGGGUGCUGCCAGCGCGUCCAACUUUUUUCCUCCAUUCCGUUACUACAAGGAUAUCAUCCGUCAAGAGUCUGAAGAGUUUCUUGCCAUCAAAAAAGAAUAUUAUAAGCGACUUCGUGAAGCUCCGAAAAUUGAAGAGAGCCUCUUUUGCCCAAAUCACCCAAUAGGGCAGCCAUCUCUUGGUCCACCAGUCCAGCCAGGAACUCGCCCAAUCUCACAGCUUCCUCCUCACAUCAUCAGAGUCCUAAAUGAUCAUUAUGUUGCGUUGACCAAAGGACAAAUGAUCCCAGAGGCGGAUCUCUACAACCAUGGAGACACUCCAGUUGAGCAACCAAUGCCAACUAUUCUUGAUGAGCGUGAAUAUGUGAGAUUCAUCCAGGAAAUCGAGGAAGAGGAGCAGAACCAAUUGUUGUUGGCCCAGAGCUCUUCAUCAUCGUCUUCUGGAGGUCCACAAGUGAAUCCAUAUGGUGGUCAAUACCUGGUUAGUCGUAACGGGGAAAUCAUCGGCGUUUUCCACAUUGUGGGAACCGGACCAACAACACGUGCAGUUUGCCUCAAAACGAAAGAGGUGUUCACGGCUCAAGUUCUUCCAAGAUGGAAGGUUCCGAAGGUGUUUGACGUCAUUAAACGUCUUCAACAGCCAGCUAACAUGGCUUCAUUCAGCGCGGAUCAACUUCGUCUGAGUGAGAUCUGCGUGUCGAGACGUAUGGAAAUCCUCCACAGCAAUCAGAGAUGGAUCAUUUUCAAUCCAUACGUGGACACUACAAUCCACUCACUCGCUCUUGCUCGUCUCGAUGAGAUUACAGAAUCUGAAGUUAUGGAGAUUUUCAAGAAACUCGUUGAAGUCAUCCAGUUUUGCCACUCCAGAAGAGUUCUGGUUCGCAACUUCAGACCCAAAAAUUUCUACCUGAAGAAAGCGGAGGACGGAAGUUGGAUCGUCCGCCCAGCUAAUCUUCAGGAUUUGGGAUGCGACGAUGAAGUGACAGAUGCUCAUAACUCUCGUCGUACCGUUUAUGCGGCUUUUAUGGCACCAGAGAUGCUAAAGGCCACCACAAAGACACUCCACACGUAUGACACCGAGAUGUGGGGCCUUGGUGUUCUCAUGUACAUAUUGCUUGUUGGAAAGUAUCCAUUCUAUGAAAAGGACACUACUCCACUAUUCCGGGCCAUCAAAUUCAAGCAGCAAAAGUGGCCUAUGAAUUUCCUCUCCUUUAAAGCGACUACUAUGGUAGACAUGAUGCUGAGAAAAGUUCCAUCGGCAAGAAUGAAUCUUGUUGACCUCGCUCGCAAUCUCGAAGGAGAGUUCCCAAAUGUCAGAUGUCGUUCCAAUAUGAUGUUGAAGCAACACGAUUUGAUGAUCAAGAUGGAUUUAUUGGAGAUGUAUUACGAUGCGUAUAAAGGAAGACUCCUUCCGCAGAAUGUUGAUCCAAUUCACGAGGAGCUUCUUUUGUGCCGGCAUGAGUUCCCGAUGACUGCAGAAUUUGCUAAGAAGGAUAUUCGCUUGGUUUUCGAAACCAUCAAAACUGGCAUGGAUAAAAAUGUCACUGGAUUCCAAAAAACUGUCAUGCGUCGUCGUUUGGAUCAAAUCAACCAAGUGCUCAUGGAGAAUGAAAUCCGUGACGCUCAAGCCGAAGACCGCAAGCCGAAAAACAUUCAAUUCUUCUUGCAUGAACUCUCCAAGGAGAUUCUUCUCCCAUUUGUGAUGUAUCCAAUCAGCGAUCACUAUCAUCCCAGUCAAAAUCCAAAAGAUUGGAUUGCCUACAAAGCGCUCCGUGAUGCAAACCAGCUGGCUUUCCCAGUUAUCAUGAGAGGAACUACAGUAAAACAGUACCCAGCUCCACAGUACAAAGGCAGAGUCGUUACGGCUCGCAGAUAG